CCGCCGGCCGGGGCGCCGCGCCUGGCGCUCACCGAGGCGCAGGUGUCCGCCUUCCGCGGCCAGGAAUGCAUCUUCGCCAAGGCGGGCGAGCUGAGCCUGUGCCCCGCCGCCGCCCUGCCCGCCCUGUGCCAGCCGGGCGACCUGCUGGAGCUGCUGGCGCUGGGGCCAGCCGAGCACCCGCCGCACUGGGCCGUCUACGUGGGCGGCGGGCACAUCGUCCACCUGCACCAGGGCCAGAUCCGCCAGGACAGCUUGUACGAGGCGGGCGCGGGCAGCGUGGGCCGCGUGGUGAAUAGCUGGUACCGCUUCCGCCCGCUGGUGGCGGAGCUGGUGGUGCAAAACGCCUGCGGCCACCUGGGCCUCGAGAGCCACGAGAUCUGCUGGACGAACUCGGAGAGCUUCGCCGCCUGGUGCCGCUUUGGCAAGCGGGAGUUCAAGGCGGGCGGGGAGCUGCAGGCGGCCGCCGGCCCCCAGCAGCCGCCCCCCUACUAUCUCCAGGUCCACCUGGGCGAGAGCGAGGUGCACACGGUGCGGUUCCACAGCCUGGAGGAUCUAAUACGGGAGAAGCGCAGGCUCGACGCCAGCGGCAAACUGAGGGGCAUCAAAGACCUGGCAAUAGUGGAUGGGAAAGAAUAAGGAGCAGCAGCAAGUGCUGCCUGCCUUUGCCCUGCACCUGCCUCAGGCAGAGGUGGGGGGGUGGGGAGCUGGACUCCUCCUGUCCGUGGGACCCGUUGGAAACCAGGAUCCAUGGCGACAUUCCAAAAAAACCAAACCAGCAUCCUCACACCCAUAGCCACUUUUUUUUGUUUGGCUUCUAAUGACGUGACUAAGGACGACCCCGAGAGAGAGAGCGAAGAAAAGAGGGUGCGUGUGUGCGUGUCUCUGUGUGUGUGAUAUGGGGGGGAGGGAGGGGGCGGGGAAAGCAGCGUGCAAAGUGUGUGGACAAAGUGGCUCCUGUCCUGUUUUCGGCCAUUAGAGCUAACAAUAAAAUUUCAAAUUGCUUUUA